AUGGUCAAAACAAUCAAAAUCGAAACAACAACAAUACCAAUAACAACAACAACAACCAUACUCAUUCUCCUCGUCCUACCUCUUCUUCCUCUUCCUCUGCCUAUUCUUCUCCUUCGUCACCUUUUUCUGCACCUCAUUCCCGUCGCCACACUCGUUGUCACCAGACUGACAGGGUGAGCCCGCUCACUCUGGCAGCCUGGAAUUUUCGCUCCCUUUUAGACAAUCCGAGGAACAACCGACCGAAACGGAGGACAGCGUUAGCCAACUGGAAGAGGUGGGCGCCGGUUACACCUUCUUCUGGGUUGGUCGGCCCAAGGCAGAGCGAUAAGAGCGCUAUCAAAUCUGUCUAUAGUCCCCCGAAGGAAGGCACCACUCCUCUCCUCAGCGCCGACGGCAGCACUCUCCUGACUGAGAAGACGCAAAUUCUACAGCGAUGGACCGAGCAUUUCCGAGGCGUCCUCAACCGCCCCUCCGUCAUCUCAGACGCCGCCAUCGCCCGUUUGACGCAAGUGAAGACCAACGUGGACCUCGACCUCCCACCAUCUCUCCAGGAAACCAUCAGGGCCGUGCAGCAACUCUCCAGCGGGAAAGCACCCGGAUCAGACGCAAUCCCCGCUGAGGUCAACAAACAAGAAGAUCCCCAACUAACGAAUUAA